AAAAAGGAAAAGAAAGGCGACGCUUGGUGACGUCAUCAGAAGGCGCUCACAGACGGCUCUCUGAGCGGGACGCACUUGGACUGCAGACAUGUCUCGUCGCUAUGAUUCACGAACAACCAUCUUCUCACCAGAGGGGCGCCUGUAUCAGGUCGAGUACGCCAUGGAAGCCAUCGGCCACGCUGGAACCUGCCUGGGAAUUUUAGCCAAUGACGGAGUGCUGCUGGCUGCUGAGAGGAGGAACAUUCACAAGCUGCUGGAUGAAGUGUUCUUCUCCGAGAAGAUCUACAAGCUGAAUGAAGACAUGGCAUGCAGCGUGGCAGGAAUCACGUCAGACGCCAACGUGCUGACCAAUGAGCUGAGACUGAUCGCACAGAGGUACCUGCUGCAGUACCAGGAGCCAAUCCCCUGCGAGCAGCUAGUCACGGCUUUGUGUGACAUCAAACAGGCUUACACCCAGUUUGGAGGAAAGCGUCCCUUUGGCGUGUCACUGCUCUACAUGGGCUGGGAUAAACACUACGGCUUCCAGCUGUACCAGAGCGACCCCAGCGGAAACUACGGAGGCUGGAAGGCCACGUGCAUCGGGAACAACAGCGCUGCAGCGGUCUCCAUGCUGAAGCAGGACUUCAAGGAGGGAGAGAUGACUCUUUCUGCAGCCCUCGCUCUCGCCAUUAAAGUCCUCAAUAAAACCAUGGACGUCAGCAAGCUGUCUGCAGAGAAAGUGGAGAUCGCCACGCUGACACGUGAGGACGGAAGGACCUCCAUCAAAGUGCUGAAGCUGAAGGAGGUGGAGGAGCUGAUCAAGAAGCACGAAGCAGAAGAGGCCAAAGCCGAGAAAGACAAGAAAGAGAAGGAGCAGAAAGAGAAGGACAAGUAGUCACACCACUGCGCCGCACUUCGAGUUCUGUGUGAGAGAAUGAGUGUGUGUGUGUGUGUGUGUGUGUGUGUGUGUGUGUGUGUGUGUGUGUGUGUGUGUGUGUGUGU